UCGUCAAUCACGAGAGUCUGGCGUUUUGCGUGUCUGCUGUCUAAAGAUGGAGUUAGACUGUUGAAUAACAGAUGGAGGGACAAUGACGUCUGAAUCAACGCAUCUCCACCGUCCACGUCUCAGAAUCAGGUUCAGUUCCGGUCCCUCUUGCAAACCAACGAUCUGCCACUGUGAUGUAACUCGGAAAGUUAACGAAGAACCAUUCGGUGGAAAUCGGCGACGAACGAAGAUCAUCAUCAACAACCUCACACCCUCAUCAAUUCAAUUCAAUUCUUCGCCCUAUAAAAUCAAAAUCCGUUACAUCACUUUUCACAUCCAUUCCUAACCUCCCCAACCUGACACUUACACGUUUCUUUCAGAGAAGCUGACAUGCCUUCAGUUUACAUGGGAGAUAGGAUGGAUAAUUCUAACUCGAGCUUGAGUUCUAAUUCUAAAGAAAGCAGUGUUGUUGUUAAUGGGAAAGAAACGUACAAAAAACUUCUGGUUGCAUCACGGCCUAAAGGCUUUGCACAGAGAAAUUAUGAACACCUUGUGUCAUUAACCCAUGGUGACUUUGGAAGCAGUGCUGUGGGACGUGUCACGUUUUUUCUACUAAAACUUGCUGCAUUAGAAACCGUGAGGAGAUUCUCCAGGAGUAAAUGUCCGUGUGUAUGGCGAGGCCUACAGGGUCUCCAAAUCCUUGUCUAUCCACCAUUCAAAUGGAUUCAGAGGUGGGCACCCUUCAGGGGUUUGGUGAAAAGCAUGCAGGUACUAUCAAGACCUCUAUUAGUCCUUUCUAUUGCAACCGUCUUUACUGAUCAACCACAAUGUAGUGAUGGAACCUCAGAUUGUGUUGCUUCGCAUGAUUCUGAAGCAUCCGCCGAACUAUCUCCAGCAGAGGCUAAUUUGAAUACAAGUCAUUGUGAGAUAGAUCCUGAAGUUUUAGAAUAUGAAAACUGGUUGACUCUACUCAAUCAAGAGCUGGAAAAUCAAGGGAUUAGUUUGCCAGAAAGAAUCAAUGAUGAUGAGCUCCACAGAUUUUACACAGCUUCUAAUAAUGACUCUUCAUGCUUCCUUACCUCAAUCAAGAAGACAAUAAGUUGGCGGGACAGUUACAGAUUUCUUUCAGGGGAAGAGCUGGAAACGUGGUCAAAUAUGGUUUUUUGGCAUGGAUCUGAUUUUUCGCACAGACCUUGCCUCAUUGUAAGGCUUGGGAUAGCCUGUCGCUCUUUGGCAUCUGAAGAUAGACUUCAAUUUGCUCAGGCAGUUAUAUCACAGGUAGAAUACGGAGUCUUGCACUUGGUUGAUGCAAGCAACCCUCAAAUUACAGUAUUGGUGGAUUGUGAAGGGUUAUCUCCAUUGAGAAUUCCUAUGAAAAUGUUGAGAUCUUGUUCCUCCCUUCUGCUAGAACACUUUCCUAAUCGUCUUGGUUGUUUGUUUAUCAUCCGACUUCCAGCAAUUGUUCGUGUUAUUGCCCAGACUUUUAUUCAGGUUUUAAAGCCAUCUACUAGGAAGAAGUUGAAGUUAGGAGGAGAGGUAUAUCGGAAGGUACUUUAUGACAAUUUUCCGACCCUACCAUCAUAUCUUGGAGGCAGCUGCUCUUGCAUGAGAUGUUCUAAAAUUGGCAACUGGGAUAUUCUGCAACCUCAUGCAACUGGGACCAGCCGGAUUGAUAGAGAGGAGGAUAUCAGUGACAAUAGGGGUUUGCCAUCACUGCAUCAAUCUAAUGAAUUAGAUGGCCACCAAACCAGCAAUUCUGACCAGCUGUUGAGAAAGGCUGUCAUAAGUAUUCUCGUAUUUUGGGUUUUCAUAGCUCUUGGUGCUGGAAUUUACGAUCCUAGUAGUCUUCAUUUACCCCCAUAACCUAAGAUUGGGAAAAUUAGUUUUGUUUCCCUAGUUGAAUAAAUUUUUAGAGGACACCUCUAGUUUGAGUUGUGUUUUUGAAUUAGGAGCUAGUGUGGUGUUAUCCAAAGUUCAGAACAGUAAAGGUGCACUGUUUCAGAUUCUUUAAAUAUAUAGAUCUCCGGUUAUGGCUUGAACAAAUGCAUUGUAAAAUCGUUUUUGGUUUUAUAAAUUAUAUCAAAUAUUCCAUUUUACCGCAGAAAA